UCAGGUUCAUUGCAGGAUAAAGGCAAUGGUCUUUUUUAAAAAGCUAUUCCUAUUUAUUACCUGUGGAGAGCAGCAAUAAGCUCAGAUGAGUGUUACCAGCCACAGAUUUCAGUAGAGGAAGAACGCAGAGACGUCACAUGGAAAGAUGUAACCAGCAGUAGCUGUCUCACCACUAAUCACACAACAUAAGUGGCUAGUACACGCUAACCUAGCCUGCUACACAAUUCGCCUUAGAUUUAUUAUACAUCCGGAAUUGCAAAUCUGCAAGAAACAAACGCAAGAUUUAUAGACGGUGCAAAAGGGGAAACAACAUUACGGUCACACACAGUUAUCGUGGCCUUUUUUGCAUCCAGCUGACAGGCUAUUUUGGCUAGCUAGCGAAGCCAACGAUAGCAAACUCUGCCUUGGCUAGCGUCAGGCUAGCCAGCUAGCUAGCUGGCUACUAAUAUCGCUAACGGUAGUUAGCUAGCUAGCGAGCUGUAGUAAUUUGCGUCAUGGAUGAACUAGUCGUGGAAGUAAGGGGAACAAGUGGUGCCUUUUAUAAGGCCUUUGUGAAGGAUGUUCACGAAGGAUCAGUCACUGUGGCAUUUGAAAACAAUUGGCAGCCAGAGCGUCAGGUCUCGUUCCAGGAUGUGCGAUUUCCUCCUCCAACGGGGAUCUGCAAGGACAUAAAUGAGAGUGAUGAGGUUGAGGUAUAUUCCAGGGCCAAUGACAAGGAACCAUGUGGUUGGUGGCUGGCCAAGGUUCGCAUGGUCAAAGGAGAGUUUUACGUAAUAGAGUAUGCUGCAUGUGACGCCACAUUAAAUGAGAUCGUUACGCUGGAGCGGUUACGACCAGUAAAUCCGAAUAAACCAGCCACCAAAAACACCUUCAUCAAGAUCAGACUGGAUGUACCUGAGGAUCUACGACAGAUGAGUUCCAAGGAAUCAGCACACAAAGACUUUAAAAAAGCUGUGGGAGCCUUCAGUGUCACCUACGACUCGGAGAAAAAGCAGCUGGUCAUCUUGUCUGUGAAUGAGGUCACAACAAAGAGGGCCAAUAUGAUGAGUGACAUGCACUUCAGGAGCCUCCGCACCAAACUGUCCCUCAUCCAGAGAAACGAAGAGGCCAGCAGACAACUGGAGAGUUCCAGACAGCUGGCGUCACGGUUUCAUGAACAGUUUGCUGUUCGGGAUGACCUGAUGGGUCUGGCCAUCGGGACUCAUGGGGCCAAUAUUCAGCAAGCACGUAAAGUCCCCGGAGUCACUAACAUAGACCUUGACGAGGAGACGUGCACCUUUCACAUAUAUGGAGAGGACCAGGAUGCUGUUCGCAUUGCCAGGAGUUUCCUAGAAUUCUCUGAAGAUGUCAUCAAAGUUCCCCGGAACUUAGUAGGGAAGGUGAUCGGCAAAAAUGGGAAACUGAUUCAGGAAGUGGUUGACAAGUCUGGGGUGGUGCGGGUUCGCAUCGAGCCUGAGAAUGACAAAAAGCCCUCAGCGGCGGCAGCAGCAGGAGAUGAGGGAAUGGUGCCAUUUGUGUUUGUGGGGACCAAGGAAAGCAUUUCCAAUGCUACAGUACUGCUGGACUAUCAUCUCAACUACCUUAAGGAGGUGGAUCAGCUUCGUCUGGAGCGCCUACAGAUUGACGAACAGCUGAGGCAGAUAGGAGGGGGAGGUGGAGGAGGAGGGACGGGGCCUCGAAAUCUUAAAGACAAAACCUAUGUGUUUGAUAACGGCAUGGGGCUGGGGAUGGGGAGAGGAGCAGGAGGAAGCGGAGGAGGGGGGAAGCCCUAUGUAGGAGGGGGAGGAAGAGGUGGCAGAGGGCGAAGAGGUGGAGGUGCGGCUUUUGCCUCAGGCACCAACUCGGAGGCAUCCAACGCUUCAGAGACGGAGUCAGACCACAGAGACGAGCUCAGCGAUUGGUCACUGGCCCCCACUGAGGAUCUGAUGACAGGGGGCGGGACCCUGCCCAGACGGACAGACGGGAGGAAGAGAGCAGGCGGAGGAGGGCCACGAGGACGAGGGGGUAGAGGAAGAGGAGGGGGAGGGUAUAAAGGUGAAGACAUGCAGUGGAACGAGCCGAGACCUCGUCAUAUCCGAGACGCCAAGUCAAGAGCACAGGAAGACACUCUACAGAUCCGUGUGGAUGGUAACAAUGAGCGUAGUGUGCAGCACUCCUCAGGUGGCCGAGGAGGAGGAGGGGCGUCUUCCUCAUCCCAGGGCGGUGUCAGUGGUGGUGGUGAGGGCCCAUCUCGUCAUCACCAUCAGAGACCCAUCAGAGACCGAGGGAUGAAGAAGGACAAACAGGACGCUCCUCCGCUGGUGAACGGAGUGUCGUAGAUUCUCCACUGGAGGACCUUCUCACACACACAAUCAGAUACACAAAACAUACACACCGGCAACUUUUCAUAAACCAUCAUAAGAGUCUCUUUCGCUUUUUCUUUCUCUGUCUUUGUUAAACACAUGAAUACACAUUUCAUCAGCAUGGAAGAGUUUACUGUAGAGAAGUCGUACACCAAAGGGGAUCCGGUAUCUGCUGGUCUGGGGUCUUUGAGUGUACUGGUCUGGUAUCUCCGUUUCUUCUCUGGAGUGACAAUUUGAAGAAACUGCACUUUUUGGACUAAAAGAAAAGAGGAGGAUGGAUUUGACUAAAGCUCAACUCUCAAGCAGGCAUUAACCCUGAACAUAUUGCCCUACCCAUCAAUGGCAAAUAAUUGUUUACUUGUUUUUUUAAAUCAACUAGACUGGAUAAUUUUUCCCACAAUUAUGUUUGAACUUUCCUCACAUCACAAAAUAGAAAUGAGUCAAACAAAACAAGGAAAUAAUUGGUUGACAAGGAAACAAUGUAUUACAGCCACUCCAAAAGGUAGGGUGAAAUGUGUUUCCUCCCUCCUGCUGCUGCACACUUUAAAUAUGUUAUUGCAUGAUGUUUAUUGUAGGAAUGACAGCACUGGCAGUUUGUCCUACAAAAUUCAAAAUUUGAAUUUAUUUUCUGUAGUCUAAAGCUCCGAAGUCCAACAACUGGUAGUCAGCUGGAACACAUUGCAUUUAUAAUGUAACUAUUCUGAGUAGAGAAAUCAUUUGGGGUCUUUCAGAUGCAUUUUCAGAGAGGUGUUAGAACUAAACUGAUAAAUUCAAAAAUGUAAAUUUUUUAAGACAGUUUUUUGAACCCUAAUCACCAUUUGAGCAAAUAGGACCUGCCAAAUGGAGAUGUUCAAAGUGUCCAUGCUUCAGAAUGAAAUUCCAGCGGGUAUUCAUGGGCAAUGAAAUUGCUAGUGAAGGCAUCCUGUUGCCAUGUAGUAUUCCUUCAGUUUGUUUUAUUGAUCAACCUUGCAUUCAUCAAGCCAUAUCAGUGUGGAUACUUAAAUCUUAGCCACUCUGAUGCAAAUAAACUGUUAAAAAGCAAAAGCAGAGAUACUGUGUUAGAAGAUGCUUCAGCAGGUACCAAAGGUCAUGCACUGCUCUAUUUAAAAUGAAUUAGCUGUUCUGAAGUGUUGGUUCCAUUCAAUCCACACUGACUCCAACCUCUGUUCAGCCAUGUGUGAGCUCAGUUCGAGCCGUCUACAGUGUCAGCAGCAGCUCCUGAGGUGCUGAGAGGACAGAGCCCAGUCUGCACAAACCCAGUUUUUAUGCAGGUUGCAUGAAGAAUUUACAGGUUGAAUCCAGCUUUUUUUUUAUUUGUCAACUGAUUUAUUUUUCAUUUAUUUCCUCACACAAACUCCUUGUUUCUACAAUGGAACCAUGACCAGUCAUUCCAAAAUUCAAUUUUUAACUUCAUAGCGUGUUCAUUGCGUGAACAGCUGUCUGUGAGGAAUACAUUUCACUUAAGGGGAAGGGGUGUGUGGAGAGGGGGGUGUCUGUGUGGAUUGAUACAUUAGAUCAAUGGAAGCAGAUCUGUUCUGUGAUAUGAGUGAGUGGUGGAUUGCCACACAGGUGCCUCACAAAAAUCUAGAUAUUUGCAGCAGCUGCUGUAAUCUAAACACUUGUACUUUCUUGAAAAUGUACCAGUGGGAAACUGUGUCCUGAAGUCCUCCCUGGUUUUCCAACUCAAUCUGGGCCCAACCCUCUUACUUAAAUUUUGUGUGUUACUCUUGCUUAAUUUUGGUCUGAUGGCUGCAUUUUUUAAAUGGGAGGUCAAAUGAUGGACACUGACCUCUACCCUUAGACCCUGCAGAAUUACUUUUGAUUGCACCAAAUCAUAAUUUUCAUGAAACAACAUGAAUCGUUUUUUGUUCCAAAUCUGCGAAGGGUGCAGUGCACUUUUUCUGUGCAUGAUGAUCUACAUCUCACUAUUAAAUUGCAGGACUGUGCACACAAUCAAAUAUUAACUCCAGAACCAGAGUAUAAAGUCAAGUUUAAUGAGGCAAGAUUUUGGUCUGAUCUGAAUUAAGAGCCAAGUGCUCAGUCAUUGAGCUGCAGUCUGUCAGUUUUCUGCUGCUCCUCUCAGUCAUAAUGAGGAUUUUUUUCCCCCCAUCUUUGUGCAUUGAAUUUAUGACCCUACAGUUCUGUGAAUUUGGUCAAUUUUAAAAAAAGACCUGACACUCUGUGUCCCAGAACAGAUCCAGUCUUCUGUUGUUCUAAACUUAAUCUUCCUCUGUCACCUACACAAGAGACAUGACAUGAUACAACAGUCAUGCUUUUGAUGACUGUUUUUAUGACAUGACAAUUAUGUCAUCAAAAUAGCUUUGUUUAAGCAAUGCAGACAUUGAAGAAAAGUCAGACAAACAAUAUGCUGACUUUAAGCUGUCAUCUUGAGUUGUUCCAACCUGCUGUUUGGUUGGCCACCCCAGAGAGUUAAUUCAUACAUCUUUCUGCAUGGAAACAUCCUGUGUGGCAUAAUCAUCGAAAUAAAUUGAGUACAGUUUAGGUGGCAUGAAAGCUUCUAAAAAUCAUGUACAUUCUCAGUCGUCCCCAAAUUGUAUCCCACAUUCAAGUGACUACAGUAACUUAGAUGGGUUAGUGUAGAAAGUAUUUGUAGAUUUAUGAUGGAGGGAGACUGCUAAUAGCAUUAGUUUAAAUUAGACUGUUGAAAUGUGAGAAAGUCACUGUAAAACAAAAAAGCAAAGCAAAAAAAAAAAAAAGCUCAUUGAGGUUUCUCUGUGCAUUCAUGGGCUUGUCAUUUGAAGACCGUGUUUCAUUCCAGUAACAUAACUGUGUCUUCCUACUGUAACAAAUCUAAAAUCUAGUGGGAUAUUUGGGCUAGUGGACAAGCUGUUAUAUUCAGCUUUAGCAAAUGUGGAAUUAAGUACUUAGAGGCAGAAUGAGUAGGACUUCCCUAAAAACAACAUAAACAAACAAAAAUAAUCCUCUGUCAUCAGUUUUGACUGACAAGAAGCUUGUGUCAGAGUUCAGAGUGUUUCUUGGCGUCAGCUUUCACGCUGUGUUUGUGUGUGCGUGUGUGUGUAUAGAUCUCAGUCAUUAACAAUGUGCAGAGUGUGAGGGCGAGACUCAAAAACAACCGGGUGCAAAAUUAUAAGUGGAAGAGGGGCCCAAGUUAAAUGUUUUGUAAUGUGUUUAAAACUGCAUCCAGCAAAUCAUAUUCACUCUGCCUUUAAAAGAUAAAACUUGCCCUUAAAUUUAAUUUCUCUUUUUGUGGCACUUGUAAAGGUUUCUUUUAAAAUGUAUGGAAAUAAGCGUGUCGAAUUCUUGCUAAAAGUUACAUAAACGAUUGAUAGUCAUGCCUGCUUCGCAAGAGACUGGAAAAUGGGGAACAAUAAGCCUGGCUGUGUCAAAACCUGCCUUUCAAAUCUAAAAUCUAUUACUAUUUCAUGGUAAAAAUUCAUAGCUACAAAGCUGCAAAUGCUCAGAGAAACCUCACCAUGUUUUGUGUGACAUGUGCCUUUAAUUGUGGCUAGUAUCACAACCUAGACGUGUAAAUCAGGGAUUAUGAGACGUUUAUAAUGGACCAGAUGUGUAAAGGUGGCUACUUCCUGUCGUGACAUCACUGAUUCACCCAGAGUCAUUGCUGGCAACACUGAUUAUUUCCAAGCUUGCUUUAAACUCAAAGGGCAGGUGUUAACUGCACAGGUGAUUUUUGGUUCAACAGGAAACUGCCUGCUUUAACCACCUGAUCCUGUUUAAACACUGAAGUUGUUGUAUCCUUGUACAGUCGACAAACGUGAACCUGUAGCUUGUGACCUGGUUCAGCUGAUCUGUGACGUGCAUUCAGUUGCUUUUACAGACCAGUGCAGUUCAUGACCUUGAGUUGUUAGAAGGUCAGAGAAGAACAAAAUAGAAAAAAAAAAAAGGUGUAACCCAGUGAAACAUUAUUCCCUAUGUCCUUCCCACAGAGUAACUGAAGUGAUGAACUGAAACAGAGGCUGAGCCAGGUCUCUUCUUUACCAGAGAUCAGCAUACCUUUCUAGUCUUGCGAUGCAUGUACAUUUUUAUUAUGGAUUUUGGAGACUUUCUUCAGGGUCGGUUACAUGUUAAGGAAAAGACAUACGUGAGUUGUUUAAAUCAGUGCUACUUUGUCUCAUUUCUGUUUUUCUUUUUUAACCUCCUUGAGUUCAUCUGGAGUAGCCAGUGAUGAAUUACACAUUCUCACACCCAUCAACUUGGAGUCAACGACACAUGGGGAACUUUUACCUUUGGAAAACAAACAGUUCUGUAACAUGAGCAUUGAUUCAUGAAUCAAGUUUUUUUUUUUCUAAGAAGUCAUUCUUUUCUAGUAAUAUUGGUGUCAGGUUUUUUUUCUUUUUUUCCACUAAUCUGUUAGGACAUUUGCUUUCACUGUCCCCAGUAAGCAUUCUCUGCAGUGAAAGUAACCUCUAUAUUGUCAAUAGAGCAUCAACAGUAUGGAGUCACUUUGUAUUGUAAAAAAGAAAAAAAAAACAUGAUGGAAAAAAAGAAGGGAGGGUGGCAUACUGUAUAUAAUGAUGUCAUUAUUUGUCUGAGAAAUGAUUUGUACCAUUGUUUCAAAUGUGCACUUAUCCUGAUAUUUUCUCUCUCUUUCUCUCUCUUUCUUUUUUUGCUGUUUAAUAUCAGUUAAAUGCUAGAGCUCUUGAUAAUAAACUUUAAUUAUGUGUGAAAAAUAGUAUCCUGUAUAGCAGGGUUGUACCACACACAGAGUGAGUUAGUUUUUUUUAUUAGUAAUAGUAGUAUCUGACUGGGAAAAUCCACCCUAAGACUGAAUGAAAACCCACACAUGAAUUGACUAAUCUAUGACUGAAUUUCUAUUUUGAGACAAAUAGUCCACUAUAAUGCAAAGUUCAUGGACAUUUGUUGCUGUAAAAAUCCAUUGACUGAAAGCAGCAACAUUUGAAGUUGAAAGGUGGCCUGUUAUUAUAGGUCACACUAAGGGGAAUCAUCACAUGCACUCAAAGCUUGGGAAAAAAAGGCAGCAAGUGGACUUAGAGUUAACACAUUUUUGUCAUAUUUUGUUUGGAGUGUCAUUUUAAGAUAAACCCUCAAAUUCUUGGUAGUGGUUACGAAUUAAAGGAAUAGUUGGACAUAUAGUUGAGACAGUCUGUCAGUCUCAGGUCGGUGCACCAACAACUUCAGACAGGAAGCAUUUAACUUAAAUGAAGUUCUAAAAAUACACCUACCAGCGCCUAUUAAACUAAUUAGCUGCUACUUAAUUACUUAAUUUGUUCAUUUAGAACACCAGCAGAAUGUAAAAACUUGUAGCAAUCUCUCGACUUGUUGGUUUUACAUUUCUGUGUGUUUACAGAUGUACACAAACAUGUAUAAAAACCUUUACAGGUGUAAGUAAGUGCAUUUUUGAAGGACAGAGCCAGGCUAGCUGUUUUGACCUGCUUCCAGUCUUUAUGCUAAGCUAAACGAUCACCUGGCUCUUCAGUACACACAGACAUGAGAACGACAAAAGCAUAUGGGUUAACCUUCUGGCAUGUACCACACUCCAGCUUUGAGAAAAGUUUGCCCCCGAAGUUACUCUAUAUGGGAAUAAUGUUUUAUGGUGGAUUUUCUCUUGACUUUUCAGACACCAGAAUGAUACUAAUGAUGAGUGUUCCAUUUAGAUUUUUUUAACAUGUUUUUUUUUUUUUCUUUUUGAUUUGUGUAAAAAACUUCAUAGGGGUAAGUCAGCAUAGUGCUGGUGGUGAGACCUAAAGGACCCCAGUUCCCCUUCAAAGACAGUAAGAGCUACAUGUGAGUUUGCUGCAUUUUGGAGGUGUUACAGGACAAUGGAGCUAUAGAAGAUACUGAUUCUCCAAAUGUCCAGCCUUCACUUCUGCUCUGUUGUGUCACAACAGAGACAAUGAAUUUCUUUGCAUCUGCGACUGUGUUUCAACCUGCUUGUUCGUGUAUUUUAUCAUGCCUCCGAACACCGGGUUAAGAGUGUAUGUUAGACUCUUUAACUGCUGGAGAUGAACCAACAAAAGCAGUUCAAUGACUUUUUCAUUCUUUGGUUUGAUUUUUAGGGGCAUCACUAACAAAUUGUAAUGCUAGGCCAAGUCUUGUGCUAUAGUGGACAUUAUAAAUUUUAAAAAAUGUGUGGGAGGCCUGUUGCAUGCUGACAAGGUGGGGUCAUUCGAGACUUGCUGUGGUGCCAAGGAAGCAUUUUCAGCACUUUUACAAUGGAGACUUUACUUAAGAUUCUCCUAAAACUGACUAACUGGUUGUGACAUUAUCCAAUCCUGCUGUUUUCCACUGGGCUGCCAGGGGAAAGAAAUAAAAACGAGUGCAG